AUGCUUUUCAUUUCAGCUUCCCCACUCCACCAGCAAACAGGAACAAGGUAAGUACUCUUCAAAAUGGAGAAUGAAGACUCUCCUCACAUUUCUAAUCACCAUUGCUCUUUGCUGAGGCCCUUCCACUGAUUAAAGAUGUUUAGUUCGUUAAUCAAAUUCCUUUUAACUGAUUUAAUCAAAGAAUAAGUACAUUUAAAGAGAUGUUCAAAAUGCUUCAAAUAAUAAAACAAAAAUGCUCUUCCGUCUCAGGGCCAAAGUUGACAAGAGCAGGCCUGUCGUCUGACAAGCAUGACAAGCAGCCAGUCUUCCUUCUAACACUGAAGCAGUAGAGGUGGGUGGGAUCAUCCAAGAAGUUGCUAGGAAGGAGAGGAAUGCUUGGCAUCUGGGUGGCAAAGGGUUCUGAAAUGCCUCAGCCACAUGGAGCCAAAUCAGCAAUCCCAUACAACCCUCACCCACCUGUCUAGCUCCCAAAUGGAAAAAAGCAAGAGGGGAAGAGUUGACACGGCUGUCUCAAGGCUCUCUAUGCAUCUUUGUGCAGCAGCACUCAACAGUGCACACUCCUGCCAUCACUGUGCACCUUCAGGAAGACGUGGAUACUAUCUUAUGUGGGGGAAGCCAAAGUGGUGUCCUUCAGAUGUGGUUGGACUGCAACUCCCAUCAUUCUUGGUCAUUCACUUGUUCACCUGGGCUGAUGGGAGUUGGGAGUCCAGCAGUAUCUGAGAGGCACCACAUUGACUACAUCUGAUCUGAUGGAAUAGGUGCAGCUUCUUCUGUAGCUCUGCUGCAGAGAUGGGAGGUCAGGGAAAACACCCAACAAGCUUCUGCCAGCACACAGCUUUUAAAGGUUUUCUUAGGUUUCCCAGGAUUGGCCACAUUAAAACCAGGCUUUUGUGCUAUGUUCCACUUUAAAUUAUAUACUUUAUAUUGAAAGAUGUUUGGUUGGGGGAUUUUUUUUAAUCACACAUUUUCACAAACGGCACCUAAAACCAAGCCUACUGAUGUACACCCCACUUUUCAACAAUAAAAUUAACACCCAUCAUAUCCUAACAUGAAAACUCUCGUGUUGGGAUUUAGAAUUGUACAAUGUAGUGGCGUAUUUGUAGCUAAUGUACUAAUAUUUGAUUCAGCCGUUCUACCUUCUCCCAUUCUGUAACACAAAGCGAAGAUCUUCAUAUUUUUUCUCUGUCAGAAAUUAAAGUAGAAUCCCCUCUUCUCCCACUUCCCCGAACAGCUGAAAGAAAAAGAGCUUCGCCUCCUUAGACAAUCUCUAGUCAAUUUUUAACGUCGUUCUGCUCUCUUAUCGGUUUGCAUUUCCCCCCCUUGUCUGCCCUCUGGGCUUUUCAGAAAGAGGCGUCCCACUCUGUUUCUGUGUGAUUUGCAUAGACUGUUUUACUUCCUGGUACAGACAAGCCUGUUCAGCAACUUACCUGGCAGAGGAAGGCAGAGGAAAAGAGAGGGAGAGAGAAAAGGGAGGGGAAGAGAAGAAGUCCUAAGAGAAGAAAGACCCUAGCAAGGCUAGGGUGGUCCUCUCUGCCUCCCUAGUCAUCUUCUGGGGUCUAAGGUAAGUUCUCAAAGGUCCUUCCACCCCACUUCCUUAUGUAUUUCUCACUAGCGCUGCUGACCCACUUUCUCUCAUGUGGUUUGUUCUUCUCUGUCUGGGUGUGCUCUUAUUAGUUGCCAAUUCUCUCCAGUAGCAAAAGGGUUGCGCUUAAGAGCUUUGGUGACCACUUUGCAGGUAGUUAUAUCCGAUUACCAGUGGGGAAGACAGAUAUUUUGAUAACACAGAAAGUUUGCUUCUGUUGCCCUGUACAUCUGCAGUACUGUCGUGGGGAAAUGUCAGGCCUUGCUACAGCAGAUCCUCACAGGCUGAGAGACCUUGGCUGCAAUUCUUCUGCUCCUCUUAUAUGCAAUGCAAAAUGAGCUUACUUAAACAUAUGGGUGUGAGAAGUGCCGACCUCUGUAUGGCUUCCAAUUUGUAAUGGAUUUGGUAUUUUCAAAAGGUUUGUUUUUACUGGGCUCACAAGUGAUUGCUACUAGUUAAAUGAUUAAGCAAAUUAGUAAUGAUAGUGGAUUUAAUGGUCAGAGAUUAAUAAAUAAUAGGUAAUAGAUAGAAAGACAAGAUAGCAAAUAGAAAUACAUUAAUAAACAACACACACUUUUUAUGGGAGAGGGACAUUGUCACAGAAGAAGGUUGUUGCUAGGGCUCCAUGCCUUAUACUGCUAAAUGUUUCUAUGAAAUAUGCAGAACCUAGUGCUGUUGAAAGCAGAAUAGUGAGAUUGAUGAAUAGUUCUUUUGGACAUGCGUCUUUUGUCCUGUACUCUUUUUAAUUUAAGAAAAAUGCUGUCACAAAAGCAUAUGAAGGCAAGCGUAAUUCUCUUAUUCCCUCUGCCUCUCUCUCUCUCUCUCUCUCUCUCUCUCACACACACACACACACACACACAUAUAUAUAUAUUUAUAUACUCAAUAGUCUGCUUCCUCUCUUUUCUUCACAUGCCUGAAUCCUAGCUAUGGGCCUGUCUUAAACAGCAUGAAACUGAAGGCCUUUGAAGUGGGAGGAAUUUACCUAGUACGCCAUUCUUCACUGUGCAUUCUUUCUCUUCCUGUCAGAAAAGGUUUAAUCAAAAGCAGGCUGGUUUAGCGAGGCCUGUUCUUUGGAAAUCUCGUAGGCCAACACAAGCCUUUAAGCAGGAAACUACACAGAUUUCAAACAAUCUAUGUGAAGAAUUGUACUAAGCAGUUUGAAUUUGGAACUGAGCAUGAGAGUAAGAUGUGAUCUUUCUUAAAUGCUGAAUCUUAUUAUGUUGUGCAUUUCAGCCAUCAAUAUGAACUCAUCCAUGAUAAGUUAUUAGCUAGUUAUUAGCAUCUGCUUCUCUUACUACUCAUCUACCACAUCUUGGAAGCCUGAAUGACUGUUAUCCAUUGGCACAGUCAUUUAGUUAUCAACAUUUCUGUGCCCCUUUCUUUUAGCUAAGGGGAAACUGCUCCCCUGCUUCUGGUGUUUCCUAGUCCUUCAACCACACUGACAGGCCAAAUGGAAGACCGCCUCUCUGUCUGGGCCUUUUGCAACUCAGAUUUGGAACCGCCUACUCACAAGAGCUUGAGUUUUCUGCGAGAUCUCUCACUGAAGACCUCCAGAGCAAUUUGCAGAAGGAAUUUGUGUUGCAUAAUGUAGUUUUGACAAGGAAGGGAGAGAAAACAUAGGAGUUAAUAGAUCCUAAAUUUUGUUAAUGCAGGCAAUUUUGAGUUAGACUGUUCAAGAGUGUAGGUCAGUAUAAUGCAAAAACCUAUGUUCCCAUGCUUUCAAGUAUCUGUGCAUAUGCAUGCCUUGAACAGAUGAUCAGUGCUAUAAGUUUUCAUAGCAGUGUGUAACCAAGACCGGGGAGACCCUGGGUCAAAUCCCCACUUAGCCAUGGAAAGCUCACUGGAGAACUUUGGGUUGUUGUGAGGAUAAAACAGGGAAGGGAAAGAACCUUGAGCUCCUUGAAGGAAAGGUGAGGCAGAAAUGUAAUAAUAAAUUAAAUAAACCAUAGAACCAUAGAAUUGAAGGGACCACGAGGAUAAUCUAGCCCAACCCCCUGCAGUGCAGGAAACCUUUGCCUAAAGUGGGCCUCAAACCCACGACCCUGAGGUUUAGAGUCUCCUGCUCUAUUUUUUUUUAACAUUGGCACUGCAGCACUAUUGUUACUUCCCUGCCACACUGAUAUGUUCAUUGUAUAUUCAGAUGACUUGGGAAGUGGAGGGUUGAAGACCGUAUUAUAGACAGAGCUCAGAGCUGUUUAAACCAGGAUUGAGUUACCGUACUUUUGCUCCAAUCCUUUGGAAACAAAAGUCAGAAUGAACUUUCCUCAAGCUGAGGAUACAGUAUGAAAAUGUUCUCCUGGGUCUUUUAUAUUCUCUUCCAACAUCCCUGCAAUUACAAUAAAACCUCACUGUGACCAUGAAGCAACAAAGGAAACAAAAAACAUUCAUUUUAAAAAUAAAUUGCAGAGUGAUUGUCUAGUUGCAGUGUCCAUUUGAUCUCACUUUCUGCUACUAAUGGGUGCUUUUUUCUUUCCAUGUAUUAUUUUGUUCUGCAGUCCUUUGGGAAAGGAUGAGAUUCAGCCUGAUAUUUUAGAGGUUAAAGAAGGAAGAGGGGGGACAGGAUUGUUCUCUGACCCAGUCAGCAGAUCUCCUAUUGUAUUUCAUUUAGGAGUAGAUUUUCAUCAUGCCUGUUUAUGUUCCUCCAGAGAGAAAUACAUUUUUAAGUGAUUAUUUCUGAUGGUGUGGAGGUUACUACAGUUUAAGUCUACAGGACUCUAGGUAUGUGCAGGCAGUUUUCAGUGGUUUCUCCUCAUCAGAAACUGAAGAAGUUAAAUUGGAUUUGUUUCAGUUUUAAUAUUGAACUUUUCCCUUUAUGCAACUGCAAAAUGAGUGAGGCUUGAAGGAACACAUCAAAUCAUCUCUACUGGAACACAUUAUUAUUCUUCCAAACUUGGCAAGAAAAAGUAACCAUGAAUAACAUGUGCUUCCUCAAAUUAAACGCACGGGUUUUUGGACCAGAGAGCUGCACAGGUCAGAAUGGAGAAACAAACACUCACUUGUUAGGAUCCUAAGUCCUUUAGGUUUUCCCUCUGUGGGUAAUAGCAGCUUUGGGAGGGCGCUGGCUUGAUUUGGGGCUAUAGUGCAAAGGCAAAGGCUUGCACCCUCCCUCUCCUGCAUCACCUUCCAAUCCAAAUCUGCCACCAACUCCAUACUUGGACAUUCUGUGGCAAAUUUAUGUAACAAAAUGCAUCUCUUAACUGUAACUAAAACUUCUAAGGGGUUUAACAAAGAAUAUUCUCACCUCUACCUAGUUUUAUGUGUUUAUUGCCUCCAUAAAAGAGAUGCAAUAUGGAAUUGGAAAUUGCUAAUUUAGAUAAGUCACAAGCUAUGAAAUUCAGGGUAUUUUACCCAUACACUCAGAGCCCAAAUGGAUGCUAUAAAAUGAAAACGCAGGAGAGCUAAAGUAGGAUGUCCGUAACAAGUAUUAACUCUUGGUUCUGAAGUAUUAUACCAUGGAGUACAGAGUCAAACUAAAUACAUUUUUAGUAGCGGGGGAUUUAUUAUUAUUUGUGUAUCAGAGACCCUAAAAAGUUUGACAGGUCCUUUGGGAAGGUGUAAUAGCUAGAAUGGAACUAUUUUAUAAAUAAAAUCAUAGUGGAAAAAAAUGUGUGGUGUGUUGCAGUCAGUCACAAACAAUAUAUUGCAUAAAUGAACCUUUUAUGAACCUAUUUUUAGUCAGAACCCACUUUUAAGAAUAAAAUAGAAAAAAAUAGACCAGAACACCAGGCUCUAAGGAGCCAAACCAACACAGCAUCUGUGGUACAGAAGACUAGAUAGGAAUGCUGCCACUAGACCAAGAAUCCAUAUUGAGACAUCAAUGUGAUCAAGAGUUUUGCUCUGAUCCUCAGCUAUGAUAUUUUUGUCUUCCCCUGCGCAGUUGCAUCUGCAGUUGGUACGUCUAUCGACGGAUUUCUUUAAAAAUAUUGAAAUGGCGUCCCUAACAGGUUAGUAUUUUUGCUUCUCAACUAUGCAGAGUUAAUUUAAUUCUUCAAAAGCCAUUCAACCAGUGAUGAUAAAAUGCAUCGUAAUCUCUUGGCUGUCUAAUCACGAAUCACAUCAGAGAUGGGUAAACAGUGUGCUGCUUGCUGUGAAAAAUUAUCCUUGAAAGAAUGCCAAAUGCUUUCCAACACCGUCAUAAAAACACACAUCUCACCUGGAGACAGGGGCAAAGGGUUGGGUAUGAAACAAAAAGAUUGGGGGUGAGGGGCCACUCAAUGUGGCUUGUGCCCAACUUAAUUCUGCUUGCAGCUAUCUGAGCAUAGAAUCAUAGAAUUGUAGAGCUGGAAGGGAUCAUCUAGUUCAGGGGUCAGCAAACUUUUUCAGGAGGGGGCCGGUCCACUGUCCCUCAGACCUUGGGGGGGCUAGACCUACCCUCUCCCGAAAGCAUCCCCCCCUCCCGAAAGCACCCCCCCGAAGGACCCCCAUCUCCCGAAAGGACCCCCUGCUGCUGCCACUCAUGCCGCCACUGCUGCCUCAUCUUUGGCAGCAUCUCUGUCCUCUUCCUCAGCAAGGGAUCUGCGAGGUGCAGAGCCCAAGCCGCUGGCCUGGGCGGUGGAGGCAGCUUCCCUGCCGCCGCUGCUUCCUCCCGCUUGGCUCUUGGCCAUACGUGGCUGCCUCAGUGAGAAGGAAGGGGCGUCACCCAGAGGCAUCUCCAGCUUCAGAUUGGCUGCAGAAGCUGCGCCAGCAUCACAGAAGUCAGUCCCCACGCAGCAAGGCUUCCGCACCGGGCCGGUUUAGCGCAAGGACUGACCAAGCGGGUGGCAGGGUCCGCAAGGUUUGCGGAUCGGAUUAACGAGCCCGGUGGGCCACAUCUGGCCCCCGGGCCUUAGUUUGCCAACCCCUGAUGUAGUUCAACUCCCUGCAAUGCAGGAAUAUCUAGCUGUCCCAUAUAGUCUCCUGGUAUGCCCCACAGAGGACCUUACGGUCUGCAAAUAAUAACACCUUGGAGGUCCCGGGCCUCAAAGAGAUUAGAGUGGCCUCAACCAGGGCCAAGGCCUUUUCAGCUGUGGCCCUGGCCUGGUGGAAUGCUCUAUCACAAGAGACCAGGGCCCUGCAGGAUCUGACAUCUUUCCUGCAAGACGGAGCUGUUCCGCCAGGCCUUUGGCCAGGGUCCAGUCUGACUCCCCCUUUCUCCUUAUAAGAACUUGCAUGAAAGUGGUCCCCCAACUUUUCUCACAGGCUCAUACAAGAUCAGUAUAAACAGUUAGGCCUGGUGAGCAUUUAAGGUCCCCAUCCCUAAUUUGCAGGUUACCUUCUGAUUGGAUUUCACUUUGAUUCUGAUUUGAUUUUAGGAUGUAUUUUAAUUGAUUGAUUGCUUUUAUGGUAAUAUGUUAAAUAUUUGAUGUUAACCGCUCUGAGCCUGGUUUUGGCCGGGGAGGGCGUGGUAUAAAUAAAUUUAGUAGUAGUAGUAGUAUGGGGAUUGAACUUGCAACCUUGGCAUUAUCAGCACCAUGUUCUAACCAACUGAGCUAUCCAAGUUGUUCACAAGGUCAAACAUCAUUGCUUGUAUUUUAUGCAUAACAAAUCAAUAGACACUUUAUACUGUAUUUCUUUUCUGUUUUUAGGUGCUGCGAUGGGUCGAAGUAUACCAGUUGAACAUGAUGAAACUGGAGAUUGGUCGCCAUUUCCAGAGCAUUCACUGGAAGAGGCUUUGGACCCUUCUGGUGAAAAUAUAGAGAACUUGGUGCCCAUAGGAUCUUAUCCAUCUCAAAUGGCUUCUCGUUCAUUGACUAGGCAAUCAUGUUUCUGCAAGCACCUUAAUCGUGUGGGUUAUAAUAAUGCUGAUCUGGAAGCGUCUAACCACAAUCACCUGCAACGAUGCCAGGAUUCUAGAAGGGAGAUACCUCCUGGUCCAUUCACUGAAUCAACAACUUCAUCAGAACUUCAUAUUUUAUCUAUAGACAAAAGGAACCAGCUGCUGAGGUCUAGGCCUUCAGCUGAUUCUCCUGACACUGGACACAAUUCUAGUGGUCUGCAACAAAGCUCAUCUGACAUUUACCAAAAUUCAUCUGGUGAAAGUCAGGAGAAUGCAAAUCUAAACCAAACUCAAUGUAAUAGACCACCAGUAGACCUACGAACAGAAGAUGCAGGAUAUGAUUCUCAGCCUCUGGAUCUUAUGGGCAUCAGGCAGCUAGAACCUCCAUUGCCACUUACUUCCGUUUUUAACCUCCAAGACCUUCCAAGGCCUCUGAUGUCCAGAGAGUUACCGCAGAUGGACCCUCAGCCAUAUCCUGUGUUCCCACAACUGGCCCAUCCUUCCCCACAAUCUCAGUGGCAUCCUAGAUACUACAUUCCUGGGGAUUUACAUUGCCAGAAUCCAUGUAAGUUAACUGGUCAGGUAUUCAGAAUACUUUUUUUCCUAAAUAGCUUAGAGAAUUUUGCACAGUUUUUCCAACUAUAUUUAAUCAUAAGAAACGUGUGCUUCUGGCUUCUAGCAUUUCUUGCCAUCCACUUUUAUGUUUGCAGUUCUUAGCUAUACCAGUGACCUCAUAAAGGCUGGGGAUUCCAUUCAACAAAUCAGCUGCGCAGUUCAGAUGUUUACACUUCUGAACGAGAAAUCUCUGCUAAUCUAAUCCUCACAUUUUGUGAUCUGGCACUUGCCUUUCUCUACUAUAACUUCCUGUCCUGAUAAUAUUAUAUUUCCCUUUUUCAUUCUUUAAUCACUUCCAUCAUUUUUCUCCUUGCUUUCUGCCAGAAUUUGAAGAUUCAAUAGUUUCCUCUCUUAUUAUCAACUUGCUAAAACUAGACUAAGGGUAUGCAUCAACUCUGUAUGUACCCAAAAUUAGAAGGCAAAUCAGGGUGAUUUGGGGAAGGUUCUCACAUUUCUGAUUGCACCAUUAAAUGCCUUCUCCUAUGGAGAGAUCUCUAACAUAUCCCCAAAAAUCUGUGGUAGGAAGUGUCUACUCCCCCACUGACCCUUGGAGUAACAAGGGCCUUACUAGGGGUGAUAUUUCCUCUACCAACCCAGUCCUUCCUGGCAAUUAAUGCUAACUUUCCACCCCUCCUUCCCCUGAGCAAAUCAAUGUAGAGAUUUCUUUCCCUCAACACCCCUGCCUUCCCUCAGUUCCCAGGUUCAUGCUGUACUGCAGAAAUUGUAAUGGCUGUGUUUAGGGGAGGAAACAUGAAAGGUGCCCUGCUCCUGCAUUUAAACCCCUAUGGGUAUCUGCCUACAGUUUAUCAGGCUCCACACUCUGGAGGGGCUGCAAGUUUCAUUCACUUCUCUGAAAAGUUAUAGCUGUUUUUAGAUUCCCUGUUAGAGUGAAUUUACCCACCUCACUGUGCCUCAUCUUCCCUGGGGGUCUUAUGGCUUUUAUAGCCAUCUGCCAGUGUUGUUACCUGACAGAUAGUUGGAUGCUAUGUCCUCUUUCGUGUCGUCCCUGCAUUCUGGCACCCUGAUGCUUCCGACUAGAAGCAAUCCCACCACGUGCCCAUAAUGUGCCACUUUCUUGCGCAAAGCUGCACUAGAUGAAGAUUUCCAUGACGAGAAAUGAUGAUACAGUGGUACCUCGGGUUACAGACGCUUCAGGUUACAGACUCUGCUAACCCAGAAAUAGUACCUCGGGUUAAGAACUUUACUUCAGGAUGAGAACAGAAAUCGUGCGGCGGUGGCGCAGUGGCAGUGGGAGGCCCCAUUAGCUAAAGUGGUCCUUCAGGUUAAGAACAGUUUCAGGUUAAGUACGGACCUCCGGAACGAAUUAAGUUCUUAACCCGAGGUACCACUGUAUUCGAGAAGAUAUAAGUGAUAAUUAGGAGGAUAGUUGAAAAUGCACAGGAAUCCCCAGGCCUGGGACAGUCUGGUUCAUUGUGCCUUUCCAUGGAAGUGUUCAAAGUUUGAGCCACUAUCACAUCAGAUUUGAUCACCCCACUUUCCAUGCUAAGAAGACAAAAAUUACUUGCUAAAUGGACCCCGACUACACCGCCCCCUCAUUUCUCACCCUGUUAAAUAUAUACUAGUUUAACAGUGCUACUUGAACAACACUUUCUUUAAAACAUGAGCCAUUAUGUAAUUUGAGCCAUAUUUCAAGAACCUCCCCCCACCCCACAAAAACCCCAAACCAACAUACUUGUUCAGAGCUGGAGGCAGUAUUUUGCUUACUAACUUCCUAUCUUCUACGAGGCAUAAAAUGGCUUCCUGACAGCUUUUCACAUUUCCAAUGAUUACUGGGCAAUCAUCGCUCACAAUAGGGUUUUGUACUUAAUGUGUUCUAAUGUGCACCUUCUAGACAGAAACAAUCUAGUGUGCUGUGCUCCCAGGCAGCCAUCUAGCCAGGGCAUCUGCUCUUUCAUAUUCAUAAUAGACUCAGCACUGCAUUUCAGCUGCAUUCUCUCAAUGAUAAUGCCUUCUGAAAUGAAUGUUACUUUUGCAAGGGAGUUCCUAGUAUUCAAAUCACAGGUAUGUGAUUGCUGGAGGUGAAACCAGCUCAUAUUCUCAUGGAAGGAAGGGCAAGAUAAAUUGCUGGAGCUGAAGCAUUCCUAGUUCUUGCAUUUCCGUCACGAGUCUUGUAGCUUUUUGAGUUUAUGAUCACACCAAAGUGAAGCACUUUGAAGCACUUUGAGACUUUGUUCAUUUCAAUGAGUUAACAUGGCCUCUAAGGUCACAAUCCUCCACACACUGAUCUAGAAGUAAGCCUCAUUUAUUUAUUUGUUUAUUUCCAACAUUUGUUUCCCACUUUUCUAUAACUCAUAAUCAAACUGGAUUAUAGUAAUCAAUCAAAAAAUCAAAUGCUUCCUUUGGUGUCAAUAUGCAAAGGGUUGCCCUGUUCCUCUAUCCUAUUCAUUAGUUUGCUGAAAGAGUGCUUAAUUUGGCCAGGUGUUUUCUUAAAAUCUAAAACCGUAAGAAAACCAUGAAAAAUACAAAACACAAUCUAUCUACAACUAACCAAUUUUAAAUCUAUUGAUUUCAGUGGGACGGUGAAGCACAUGCUUAAAUCUCUAGUAUAAAUGCUUGACUUUGGCUGAAUUGUGCCCAAGGUUUUCAAGGAGAGAAACCUGAUUGCACUGUGAACUUAAACAAAAACAACCCUCCAGUAUUGAUGCUCAUAAUUUUAUUUCACACCAUUUUAGUCUGUUCACAACACUGGCAAUUUUCUUAACUGUCAAGAUUCUCAAUUCCAAAUCUGCCAUAUCUUCCAGAGUGAGGCAACAUACUGCUAACCGUUUCUGGAAGUAAAAAAGUGGAUCAUUCCCAUUAGGUAUACUGUGAACCUAUUUCCAUCACUCAACUAGUGAAGCGAACUUUACGGCCUGCCACUACAUCAUGGGCAUCACCUUCAGCAAAUUGGAAGUUCUGCUUAAAGUGACAGAGACCAUUUUCUAGUACACAAUUUCAUGCUUAAGCCUAUCGAUUCUAGUGGGUGCAAUGUGCUAAACUUGUAGUUUGAUCAUAUUCAUUAGCUGUUUUGUUAAAUUCUGUUGUUCAAAGGUGACUUAACUAUGCAGUGGCUCAAGUUUUCCUUUUCUGCUCUUAGAUGGGCAAACACGCUAUCGACACUUCGCACAUCCACCUCAACCACGGCUUCCUGUUCCUGGCCCUUGUGUAAGAGCCAUCCAUCCUGGCCGGCAAAUAAUCCCAAAUUAUUCCAGUCCUCCUUCUCCUAAAUGCAAUGAAGAAAGGCUGCCUGAGAGAGAGAGCUCUUCUGGAGAAUUUCAAAGAUUGUAGUAAGUUUGUCCUGAGAUUCAUUGGAAAAUUUCAGCUGCAAGAAGCUGGCGGAAGCUAACGCAAGCUUUUCAGAGGCUGUCUUGACUGUGGCAGUGGUGCUAUUGGUAUGCAUAAGGUGUUGUUUUAACUGUGGCAGCUAAAGUAGGUCUAAACAGCCUUCCCCAAUCAGGUGCCUUUCCAACAUUUUGGAAUACAGCUCCCAUAAUCCCUGAUCACUGACUGUGCUAGCUGGAGCUGAUAUAAAGGCCUGGGUGAUUUACAGUACCAGACUGCUUUUAUACCACACAGAGAGGGUUUUUCAGAAUGCCAAGUACGUUUAUCUCUUUUUUGCUACAUUUAUAACCCAGUUUUUGGCCAAUGCACUGCAGGAACUUUGCAAUUUAAGAUAUUAGAACAAGCAAAAUUAAAAGCUAAAAUAAUGAAGCACUGGCCACAGAAUUCUUUCAGACCUCUGGUGGUCUCUUCAGGGGCUAGUAGCACAUGCUCCCUGCCCUGGGCUUAUUGUGGGGCUCGUGGAUCUUUAAGCAGCCUCUGGAAAGAUGCUGGAGGGCCUCCUAGAGAGACUCUCUUAGGCUAUUUGUGAUCUCUUCAGGAGCUGACAGCAUGAGAUCAGUCAUGCAUUGAGCCACCUUUUUAUUGCUAAAGUGACUUUUUCAUAAAAGGAAAAUUUUCUCAUUAAAAACAGGCCUCACACAUGUGCUGUUAGAAUCAGCAGCUUUUAACAUUUUAUAAUGACUCUUCAUGUUUUUCCUAGUGGCCAGUUUCAGAACCAACUACUGCAUGGUGGAGCAUCAUCCAAGGCUUAUGGCGCUCAUGAGGACAUCUAUAGGUGCCCUCCUGAUUCCAUGGCUCAGCCUAAUGGCCCACAAUGCCCAGCUGCCAUUCCAAGGCCUCCAAGUAAUUUUGCAGUCAGGGGAACACUGAGGACAAGUAAUUUGCCAGAAGAGCUGCGUAAGUCCCGCCCCCACCGCCAUGUUUGGAAAAUUGUGUAUAAAGCCAUAGCAUUGGUUAGUGAAGAAAGUGGAUGGCCCAGUCCUAGCAGGAUCAUACAGUGGUGCCUCGCAAGACGAAAUUAAUCCGUUCCGCAAGAGUCUUCGUCUAGCGGUUUUUUCGUCUUGCGAAGCAAGCCCAUUGACGGAUUAGCGCUAUUAGCGCUAUCAGCUGUUUAGCGGCUAUUAAAGGCUUAAAGGCUUAGGGGAUUAGCUGCUAAAAGGCUAUUAAAGGCUAUUAAAGGCUUAGCAGAUUAGAUAAAGGGGGAAAAGCGAAAAAAAAUCUCAAGACUCGUAAGGUAUUUUCGUCUUGCGAAGCAAGCCCAUAGGGGAAUUCGUCCUGCGAAGCAACUUCAAAACGGAAAACCCUUUCGUCUAGCGGUUUUUCCGUCUUGCGAGGCAUUCGUCUUGCGGGGCACCACUGUACAUACAUUGAACCACACUCUCCUGCUGAUUGUAGCAACUUCUAGUGCUGCCUCAGCCUAACAGCAGAUAACACCAGGGCAUGGCCUUUUAAAAUUGAUUUUUUCUAGUUGUCCUGGAAGUGGAUCUUUUUCACCAGAAGCCCAGCUAUAUCCUUAAAGGGCCUGAAACUAUUCCAGGUGGAGACUGCCUGGAUACAACUCUGCUAGGCCUGAGGUUCUUGCUACUCCCCAUAUUCUUGAUUUAACCACAUCCACAUUUUGGGGUUCAAAGUAGCAUGCAGUUCGAAGUACUAGGCAGGCACCAUGCAAUUAAUCUGGAGAACAGACAGCUAGAAGGAUUAGGAGGAAGUGCCUGGAGGAGGAAGUGACAUUUUCAUGGCUUAUAACAGUCGUAUUUAUGAACUUUCAUUUUUUUAACGUUAGGGUCCAGGAAUCAUUAGGUGGUUGGAGAAGGAGCAUUUUCCGUUGAAAGUGUCAUAUACUCUGAGGGUUUCUGCUUUUCAGAGCAGGGACAUGGGCCAUAUUAAAGGUAUUCUAGAGGUCUCUAAUGGAGAUGCCUAGCAUGAUCACAAGACACUGAGCCAGUUCAGCUCCAUUGUACAAAUAAUAAUCAACCCAGUCAGAUGGGUGGAGUAGAAGUAAUAAAUUAUUAUGACUAUUAUCUAAAUCAAACAAGAUAGAGCUUAUUGUCUGCUCUGUGCUAGUAUAACAAAGAAAAGGCAAGCACUUUUUUCCCUACUACUUUGAACAAUACUUUGAUCAUCUCUCUUAGGUAAAGUCUUCAUAACCUACUCUGUGGACACAGCUGAGGAGGUCAUGAAAUUUGUGAACUUUUUGUUUGUAAAUGGAUUUCAGACAGCUGUAAGUACUCUAUUCUGGAAGGGAGUUUCCCUUUGCUGGAAUUCAAUCAAGAAUGUAUGAAAUCGGUUGUCUAUAUCUUUAAAGCUUUGUCUUCCUUUUUAAUGUUCCUGCCUGCGUUGAUGAAUCUUGUACGCAGUGGCAUGUACUCAAACCCUAAAUAUAUGAAUGAGGGGGGAAGAGGCUUAGGUGGUGUAUUUGAAACUUCAACGCAAAGUUUAUGUAAUACACUAAAGUGGAGUAAGGUUGUACUGACAAUCCUUUGGAACAUUGAAACUGUUUCUACAUCACCUGUACAACACAAGUUUAUGCAGUUUUGCUUGGAAGCAAGUCACACUGUGUUCAAUAGGGCUUCAGGGCAAGUGUGGAUAGGGUUGUAUUUUCCCUCAAGGUCACUGAAGGAGUUCAAGGUUAAACAGGGGUCUAAACUUUGCAUCACAGCCCAAACCCCAGUCAGUGAACUGUCUUGGAAUACAAGAAUCCUACACAACAGCACAGGGGACAAGAUGGAAUGACCUCACAAACUCUGAAUGCCUCUUUUUUCUAGAGGGGGAAAGAUGUGAUUCUUUGCCACUUUUGACAAAGUGGGGUUCAAUCUUGCAGAAUACUAGGCAAGGUGAUAUGGAGCCAUGGCUCAAUGUUGCUAAAGACCAUGGAGGGGAAGGCAGAUGGUGGAAACUGAAACAAAGGAUUGGAUGGAAUCAGAGGAAGACAGUACAGAGUCAAUAAUGCAGUAGUACAGAAGAACAUUUUUGAAGCAGGAGGAGGAGCAGGAGGUCCAGAACAAGACCAUUAAAAUACACCGAAAGUGUAUACAGUUUUUGCAGAAUACACCUGCUGUCAAAGACCCAUCUGGAGUCGGCCUCAGGUGACAGAAGGGGAAAAUAAUUAGCUGAGGUCCCUGGAGAUUCCUUGUCAGCUGUGAUAUUGCUAGCAGAAACUUACCAAGCUGCAGAAAUGCCCUGGCUCUUUGUGAAUAGAGAGCCUUGUUAGACUAUGUACACUUGCACCUCAACUUUUGAACUGGGAAACUACACAUUGAGGGUUGAACCAUAUUAUGCCUUCAAAGCACAUCCAAUAAACAUUUAAAGAGCAUGGCUUCCCCCAAAGCAUCCUGGGAACUGUAGUUUAAGGUUGCAGGGAAUUGUAACUUUGUGAAGAAUAAACUACACUUCCCAGGAUUCUUUGAGGGAAGUCAUAUGCCUUCAAUAUGCAUUGAAGAGAUACUUUGUGAAUUUUCUUUGUUUUGAUGGAAAUAUUUGCCUCUGCUCACAGAGCUGAAGAAAUGUUAAUAUUUUCCCGUUCUUAUAGAUUGAUAUAUUUGAGGACACAGUUCGAGGUAUUGACAUUAUCAAGUGGAUGGAACGCUACCUGAGUGAUGUAAGUAAAGGGGGGAAAGGUGGUUCUUGUAGAAGCAUUUUCCACAGGCAGCUCAAAGACAGUUUUGGGCAUAGGAAGCUCAAUGGCAAUCCUUAAGGAAUCAGUCCUUAAGACAAUACUGGUAAGAACCCAGGACUGAAACAGAAGCAUCUCCUGCCCCCCUUGUGACUUAAUUAUUCAUGUUAUUCCUACCCUUGCCUCCCCACCCAUUCUGUCUAAUUUAAAAUGUGAGCCUUCUGAGAUAGGAGAACUUGGCUUUCAUAGAUCUGUAAAAUGCCUGUGUUAGCUACAUAUUUAUUUGUUUAGGUUUUUAAAAGUUGCAUGCAGAAGCAAAAACAUUUGUGUUUUUAGCUUAUAAAUGCAAACAAAAUAAAAUACAUCAGGCCUUUUCAAGCAUUCCAAAUACGUGGGGAAGGAGGGGGGCUUAUGCCAGCCAUGCCCCAACAUCUUUGUGGGUGCACUUUCUAUGUCCAUUGCACACCUCACCCCAAUCUUCUCAGGAAGUCUGAAAAAAGUUUGUAAACACUUUCCAUUUCCAAAUCUCCUCAUGAUAGGGAACACUAUGCAUUUUGGAACACUGGUUGACAUAGAGGCUUUGCAUAGAAGAUACUGCUAAGUAUUUUAGGAUCACAAACGAAAGAGCACAGUCCUAAGCAUAUCUGCUCAGAGGUUAAGUUCUACUGAAUUUAGGGAGGCUUACUCCUGGCAAAAUGGAGUUUAGGCUUGCAGUCUAAAGCAUUUGGGGAAGGAGGACCUACAUAAGAUUAAAAUAACUGUUGACAAGCUGUGUGCAUUCCACAAUGACAUUGUGUUAGCGCUAAGUGUACAGCUGAAGGCAGAAUUGUGCCUUCGCUUUAAUUAUUUAAAAAUAAACAAGUUCUUUCCAGGGGGCCCAAACCGUGAAAACAGGCUCAAAAAUGUUUCAGCAAGGUGAAUUGGCUGCUCAUGGGUGUGUGGGUGUGUAUGAACAAAAUUCAGUUAAAAUCCUCAUUAUACCUCUUCAAAUGAAAAGUAAAACUUAAUCAAGACACAAUCUGAAGCUGGUGGGGCACAGCUGCUAUGCUAGCUUCCCAGCAGUGAGCCGCUACUGCUUACCUGGACGGGGAGGUGGCAGAAACGACAGCAUGGCGACUCACCUGCCAAGAAGCUGGUGUUGUGGCUCUGACCCACCUGGCAAACUCCUUCUGGACACAGCAAUUAAAGCACAGACUGAAAAAGCUCUUACGGGUUCUUUUUAAAAAUCACCAGUGACGAGGGUGGGCAUAUUAACUUCCUGUAGAAGGGCAUUCUGUAAAUACGGGAGCCUCACUGAAAAGGCCAUGUCCUUAGUUGCUGUUCAUCUUCUUAGUGGACCAGGCAGUAGGGCCUAUGGGGCUGAUCUUCAUGCUCAGGCAGGCUCGUUGUCAGGAGCUGGAGUCUGGUGCAGGUCAGUAAUAAAACAAUAAAGCACCUGAUGUCAGUGAAGUUAACUCUUUAUUCAAAGAAAUAAAACAGCUCUGUCCUAGUGAUCCAGGCAACUCUUCCAAGUAGGUCUUCCCUCAAUGGGGCAUUUGUGAGGAAUGAAGGUCCCUGCCUUCCCUCUGCUCUCUAAGGCUCUUCCCCUGGUUCCUUCCCCAGCAGCCUAAGGCUCCUUCAUCUUGUCUCUCAUUGCUCUACCCUCUUCAUUCCUCUGUGUGUUCUGGGAGACCAGGAGGUGGGAAGCUGGUCACAGCAGGAGGGGGAGAGUUCCUGGAUUCUUAUGCAGCCUGCCUCAUCUCUGUCUCCUGGUCCCCAUCCUCUCCAGCCUCCACUUCCACCUCUGAGUCUGGACUGCCUGCUGCCACAGCCUCUUCCUGCUCACUAAACCAUGUGGCCUCUUCAGCUUCCGACACCUCCUCCUCCCAGUGUGAUCCCUCUUUUUCCUCUGACCACAUUUGUUGUCCCACCACCAAUUCCCUGGCUCUGAGCCCUCUUCUUCCUGGGGGUUCCCUUGCCUCCUUUAGGUCAUUCUAAAUGGUUUAGGACUUUAAAAGAUGAAACCAGCACUUUAUAUUUGGUCUGGAAACAAACAGGCAGGCAGCAUAACCAGAAGACAAUAGGUACAAAACAGAAACAAAAGUAAGGAUAUUUAUUAAUGGUCACAAUUUUAUACAGGUCACAAAUCAUGGUCUAUUUGAGCAUAGAAUUCAGAUUCUCCUGAAAUAGGGGACAUAUUCUACCAGAAAGAGUGAUAGAGUUUCAGUUAAUAAACAGUAAUGGUGUAUUGUUUAUGCAUACAUUAUUUUUAGAUUUAUGUUUCUGGAAGAUAACCUGGUCAAUGCUAAAAUGUAUUUUUUUCCCCCUCUCCAUUUUAAAGUAUGUUAAAAUUUACUAGCGGAGAGAGAGCCUGGAAAUCUGGUAUGAGGAAAUACAGUGAGCAGAGAUUAGUUUUGCUUCAUUGCCAAAAUGCACUGGAUUGUCUUAUGCUUCCAGAGAACAUCAGAUCACGUAGAAUACAAACUGGCAGGUUUCCAAGCUGCUCUGCCCAACCACACUGCAUUUUACAAUUUCAUAAAAGCGUCUUUCUCCCUGACAGAAGACAGUGAUGAUAAUCAUAGCAAUCAGUCCAAAAUACAAACAGGAUGUAGAAGGGGCUGAAUCCCAGCUGGACAAGGAUGAGCAUGGCUUACAUACUAAGUAUAUCCACAGGAUGGUAAGUGAGGACAUGUGCUUGCCGUUUCAAAAGAGGUCUGCAGCUUCCCUUCUCCCAAAGAACUGCCCUUUGUGUCUUGUCCUUCAUCAGUCCUGCAGUUAAGUGCCGCUUUGUUGGUGUUCCCUGUUAGUACUGAGUGUUUUUUAGAAGCAGUGCUACUUGCGACUGCUCAGAAGUUCUGUUUGAGAUAAAUGUAUAUGACUAGCUGCUUGACUUUCUUUAUGGCUUUUGCAGCCUGUUUAAAUCCCUUUAUACCCUUUCCCCAAGUCCCUUAAUGUGAGCUUAUCUCAUGCCUGCACUUCCUCAUACAGAUUCACUCCAGAAAGAGAUGGGAAUCCACAAACAACAGUAAAUCUGACUGCCUGACCUAUGAAAAUAAGCAUGGGGCAGGCGGGGAAGGAAAUUCCCAUCUGAGCUAGUGUAUUCUCUGUCUCCGUGCAUUUGAUCUGUUCUCCCUUAUGGCCCUCCCAUUGCCACAGAAACUCAGCUUGCUCACACCCUCACAAAGUCUCUCUAGAGUUUCUUCUGAUCGGAUCAAAUAAGCUGCCAACAAAUUUCAGCUGGGAGAUAAGUACAGUAAUAAGUAAAAGAACAUCCACCAGUGAAUCAGACUUCUUCAUGUGACACAAAAACAUAGGGCCAGACUGUGAAAAAGUAGCACAAGUCUUGUUAGGGAAAGGCAUAAUUUCUUCAAACAUUGUUACAAUGAACACUCCUAACAGGAGAAAAAGCUUCCUGAUUUAGAAUCAUAGAAUUGCAGAGUUGGAAGGGACCCCGCGGAUCAUCUAGUCCAACUCCCUGCCAUGCAGGAAUAUGUAUGUGGCCUGUAUAUGUAUUGAACCCGCAACCUUGGCAUUAUCAGCACCAUGUUGUAACCAACUGAACUGGGCAAAAGUUUCAAUAGUGUCUGUGGACUUUAUCCAACAUGAGUCCACUUUGAUUAGAACCACUGUAAUUAAUGGACAAUACUAACUUAGGUCCAUUAAUUUCGGUCUACUGUAUAAUGCAGCUGGAUAGAACCUAGUGAGUUUCUUUCUUCCAACAUUGCUUUGCAUCAACAUAGGAUCAUUUUUGAUGAAGGGCUGUAUAGAAAUUUAAUCAAUCAAUCAAAAGGCACAGUUCAGCAAAAGCGAUGUAAGCCUAAGUCAUAUUCCACUGCUUUCAGUAGGACUUCGUUGUGAUUAAUUAUGGCUGGUGAUUUAAGAUUAACCAGACUCUUCACCCAGAUACCCAACUGGUAUUUGUAAUAUCUAAAAUUUGUGAUAUCUAUAUCUUCAGGCAGCAUACAAGGAAGGGACAGUGGGGAGCUCAGAUCCUGAUACAAUUUCUGAGCUAUAAGUCAAGCACCUCUUUCUUUUCUUCAUGAUACUCAUUUGAAACAUGGGAAGUAGCUUGGAGAACCAACUUACAAGCCUAGUGUCCCUGGUUUCACCAAAGCCUAGGAAACAUCUGUGUGUGCACAGCAGGUCCUGAGCAUCAGUUGUUACUAAUCCAGAUUCAUUUCAGACCAGAGAUGGACUCUAGGGGGCUCGGAAAUCAAUCUGAAUUGAAUUAGGACAGGGGGAAUUAAACCCCUAAGCUGGUCAAAAGUCCAGGUUAUUUCAGAAAUCAAAUACAAUUCUAUUCUGUAUUGUUGUCAACAAAACACAUGUUUUGUAGUAAGGAACUGAUUAAUUUUCUUUUUUAUAUUAUUUAAAACACAUACACACAGAUUUAGAUAUCAUUUUCUAGUAUACCUAAACAGCAGAUGAGAAAAUACAAUUCAACAUAGUGUUAGGGGUCUUCAGUCAAGAAUAUGCAUCAAUGGGUUGCCUGCACACUGCGACAAAUGUACUUGCAAUGUGGAGGUGAGGGGGAAAGGGGAACGAGACACAAUUUUGCCACCUCCAAAUAUGUGACUGGCACUGAGAAUGCUGAGCAGGGCAGGGCAUGUGAAGCAUAACCACUGGAUUCAGGAAAUGUGAUACAGCAGACAAGUUGAGCAGGAAUGGGCUCCAGCACAAAGAAUGGUUGGAUGAUAAGAAUGCAUAACUCUUACAAUUAUAUUUGGGCUAAUGUUGUUUUUCAUAUUUUAGAUGCAAAUUGAGUUUAUACAGCAAGGAAGCAUGAACUUUAGAUUCAUUCCUGUGCUUUUCCCAAAUGCAAAAAAGGUAAAGAAAACUGAUCAAUCAUGCUAUUUUUAUUUUUUUUUACAACCCGAGACAAAAACCUUCAAAAGCCUUUUUUGAAUGUUGAAUAAAAUCAUGUUAGUAUUUGAAGUGGCACCUUAGACAAAUGCUUCAUAACAUUUUUAGAUAAAGGUCUAGUUUGAUUUCAGUAGUGUGCUUUUUAUUCAGUGUGACUGGCACAAUUUAUCCUGUUUUGAUGGAAUAUACCCAUUGUUUCUAUUUCCCCUCUUUGAACUUAUAUAUGAGGUAGCUUUGAACCCCUCUGCUCAAUAUAGUACCAAACACCUGUUUGAUGAGCAGCUGUGGAGAGACCUUACAUGCAGUUGUGUUCAUGCAGCCUGCUGGUCCUGUCAAAGAUAGGUAGCAAUCUCACAGCAGUCUUUAGAAAAGGAACAGAGCAAACUGCCUUUGUCCCCAUCUUUGUGCCAUACGGGGAAAUCUCACAACCAAGUAUCAACUCUUUCCCAAUUUCCUCUUCCCAAAUCCCACUGAGAUGAUCAGGCUGUAGGAAUGCUGUUUUCUCCAACCAUUUGGAUUAGUGGGGAUCCACUGCCGGGGGGGGGGGGGUCAGCAGUCUCCUCAAGUGUGAUUACGGGAGAAGUUAUCACUUACUACAAGAUCCUCUUUCUCCAUGGAACUUUGCUUGCCUCCUCGGGGUGCCUUCCUCACUUGGAGGGGAGGUUCUGCUAUAAAUGAAUGUGGUGAUGUAAAAUAAUUUCCAUUGUCCCUCAGUUUGAAGGCUGGGGAGUGCAUUUUGGGACUGUGUCUACUUUAUGUCAGUUAAAGAGCAUUAAAACUAAGUGAUGGUUAAUGCCACAAUGUGCUGACAGCAAUGUUUCACACAGGUGAUUUCUACAAUGAAUUAUUCAAAUUGCACCAUAAGCUGAGAGGGGACCUAAAGCAUGACUAAUUGCUUGUGUUUUGGCAAAGGCGCUUAAGAAAGGGAGGAAGGGGAAGGUAUAUGCCUGUGACUGUGAUGCCUUCAGGUUUCUGAAAAGCUGAAAUACAGAACGGAAUUUAAUAUAGCUGCCUUCCACCCUCCCUCCCCCACAGGAGCAUGUGCCUACCUGGCUUCAGAACACUCACAUCUACAAUUGGCCCCAAAAUAAAAAGAACAUUCUGUUGCGGUUGCUGAGAGAAGAGGAAUAUGUUGCUCCUCCGAUAGGACCUUUGCCCACUCUCCAGGUUGUGCCUUUAUGA